AGCUGCUGAGCGCCGGACCCACCGAGCCCUGGUCCAUCCGCGAGAAGCUCUGCCUGGCCUCCUCCGUCAUGCGCAGCGGGGACCAGAACUGGGUCUCAGUCAGCAGAGCUAUCAAGCCUUUUGCAGAGCCAGGACGCCCACCUGACUGGUUUUCCCAGAAGCACUGUGCAUCUCAGUAUUCAGAGCUCUUGGAGACUACAGAGACCCCGAAGAGAAAACGUGGUGAGAAGGGAGAAGUUGUAGAAACUGUGGAAGAUGUUAUUGUGCGGAAACUGACAGCAGAACGAGUUGAGGAGUUGAAGAAAAUUAUUAAAGAAACACAGGAGAAAUACAGGCAACUCAAGAAGGAUGCAGAGCUGAUCCAGGCCGGACACAUGGAUAACAGACUGGAGGAGCUGUGCAAUGAGAUUAUGAUAAAGAAAAAAAUGGAGGAGGAGGAGGCAGAAGUCAAGAGGAAGGCUACGGAUGCUGCUUAUCAGGCUCGUCAGGCCAUCAAGAAUCCACCGCGACGAUUGACGGGUGUGAUGGUUCGUUCCCCUGCAGGCUCAACCUCCCCAGGGGGAGACUAUUCCCUAGGAGAUCUGUCUCAGCCUGCUGUGGAUGAGGCCAGUCCAGGGGUCAGUGAAAACGAAAUGGCAGUGGCUUCUGGUCACAUAAACAGCUCAGGAGUCCUGCUGGAGGUAGGAAGCGUCCUCCCAGUGCUGCACAGUGGGGAAAUGCAGUCGGCACCUGGUGCUGUCCCUGCAUCUCCUGCUGCUUCAGGUGCUCCUACGCUUUCCCGGCUUUUAGAAGCUGGUCCUGCACAGUUCACCUCACCUCUUGCUUCCUUCUCCGCUGUUGCCAGCGAACCUCCAGCUAAGCUCCUGCCACCCCCCGUAGAGCCUGUGCCGCAGGCAACCAUUGUCAUGAUGCCCACGCUGUCAGCACCGUCGGUUGUGCCACCAGCUGCAGCUCCAGACAGCGUAGUCACAGUGAGCCAGCCAGAAGCCUGUGUUUCCAUGGAGGCAGUGUCUGAUUCCCAUACUGUGACAGUGUCUAUGGACAGCAGUGAAAUCUCCAUGAUCAUUGAUUCCAUCAAGAAAGAGUGCCUGGGUUCUGGGGCUGGCAGCGCUGCAGGGUCUUCCAAAGAUCACUGCAUUGAUGGGAAAGAAGACCUGGAUUUGGCUGAGAAAAUGGAUAUUGCAGUGUCCUAUACAGGAGAAGAGCUGGACUUCGAUACAGUUGGAAAUAUUAUAGCCAUCAUUGAGGACAAGGGAGAUGAUCACCCUGAAGUCCUGGAUGCUGCAGUUGUUGAGGCUGCUCUGUCUUCUUUCUGCGAAGACACCGAUGACCCUCAGACACUUCCUGGCCCAUGGGAACAUUCAAUUCAUCAGGAGCAUGAGAAGCAGGCCCAGAUAGCCCAAGUGUCUGUGACUGUGAAGCAGGAGAGACUGGAGUGUGAGGAGCCAGAGGCAAAGGGAAUUCGAGACCUAAUAGGCAUUGGCGAGCUGGGAUCAGAAAUAAAGACUGAACCUGCAGAGCAAGAACAGAAUCAGCUGGUCCCUGAGGAGACCAUCCCAGCAACUCCAAGAGUGACAGAAACACCAGAGCUUAGAAGUCAAGAGAUAGAAGAGGAUCAAAGAGCAGCUGUAGCAGCAGGAGAGCCUUCUGAAAUUGAGAUAGAAUUGGUCAAGGGAGAAGACGCAGUGCACAAUGCAGUGAAGACAGAGACCCCACCUGAUGAUGAUUCAUCCCCUCCACAAGUCCCAAAUGUGAGUGAAGACUCCUCACAGGCUGGUGUUCAGCACAAAUUUGAGCUGUCAGAGUCAAUGAAGGAGGAGGCCCAAGCCCUGUUUAGGAGUCAGAUGAAGGAUGGGCAGGGUGAAGAGGAUGAUGAGGAUGGUGCCAGUGAGGCUGCCAGUUUGGAGGAACCCAAAGAAGAAGAUCAGGGAGAGGGGUAUCUAUCAGAGAUGGAUAAUGAGCCCCCUGUGAGUGAGAGUGAUGAUGGCUUCAGUGUCCAUAAUGCACCUCUGCAGUCUCACACACUGGCCGACUCCAUCCCCAGCAGCCCAGCCUCCUCGCAGUUCUCAGUGUGCAGUGAGGAUCAGGAAGCAAUACAGGCCCAGAAGAUCUGGAAGAAAGCCAUCAUGCUAGUUUGGAGAGCAGCAGCUAAUCACAGGUAUGCCAAUGUCUUCCUGCAGCCCGUAACUGAUGAUAUAGCACCAGGCUACCACAGCAUUGUGCAGAGGCCAAUGGAUUUGUCUACCAUCAAAAAGAACAUUGAGAAUGGGCUGAUACGAACCACAGCUGAGUUCCAGCGUGAUAUCAUGCUGAUGUUUCAAAAUGCAGUUAUGUACAACAGCUCUGACCAUGAUGUGUACCACAUGGCUGUGGAGAUGCAACGAGAUGUCCUGGAGCAGAUCCAGCAAUUUCUGGCCACACAGCUGAUCAUGCAAACAUCAGAGUCAGGAAUCAGUGCAAAGAGCCUGCGUGGGCGAGACUCUACUCGCAAGCAAGAUGCUUCAGAGAAGGACAGUGUCCCAAUGGGCUCUCCUGCCUUCCUUCUCUCUCUCUUUGACGGAGGCACCAGAGGGCGUCGCUGUGCCAUCGAGGCGGACUUGAAGAUGAAGAAAUGAUGCUGCGGGCAGACAAAAUCCCAGCGCCUCGCAUCCAGAGCUGGAGUGCAAGCAAGAGGCUGGUAACAGCUGAUGGAGGAGAAAGAAAAGCUCCGGGUCCAUUUCUGGGACCUGGUCCACCUUCUUCGCUUGUCCCUCUGGGAAGCAGUGUGUCGUCGAAAUGUGUAACCCAAAGAAACUUCCCCAGAGGGGAAGACUUAGCCCCCCUGCCUGUUUUAGGGCAGUCGUCUUGGGCUUCAUCAGUGUUCUGGUGUUAGCUAGCAACUGGUGGCUCGUAUGUACUGUAAUGUGAAGUGUACAGAUUUUUACUAGUGAUGUGUAAAUGUGUAUGUAUAUUAAAGUCUGGG